AGCACUGUUGAACUUGUCAAAACAAACAUCCAACGAAAAUAAAUAAUAAUUUGACCACCUAGCAAAUGAGUCAUUUUUGAAGUAAAAUUGAAUUUUUGAGCCUUUAAACAACAUAAAAUCCAAAGGAAUUUUCAAAAAUGGGUUUGUUUGGACAGACGAAAAGCAAGGAUCCCAAAGAGCAGGUUCAAGAAUGGACACACAAAAUACGAAAGGAGGGUAAUCAACUCGAUAGGCAAAUACGGAGCAUACAACGUGAAGAGGAAAAGGUCAAGAGGUCCUUGAAACAGGCCGCAGCUAAAGGCGAUCGAGAUACUUGCGUCAUACUUGCCAAGGAAAUUGUGGGAGCGCGUAAAGCCAUCAAUCGAAUUUAUACCACAAAAGCUCACUUAAACUCAGUUCAAUUGCAAAUGAAGAAUCAAUUGGCCACUUUGCGCGUAGCGGGAUCCCUCUCCAAAUCCACCGAGGUCAUGCAGGCCAUGCAAAAUUUGGUGCGUUAUCCGGAACUCGCAGGCAUCAUGCGCGAUAUGUCCAAAGAAAUGAUGAAGGCCGGUAUUAUAGAGGAGAUGCUCGACGAAACAAUGGAUUCCUUGGAAGAUACUGAAGAGAUGGAGGAGGAGGCUGCUAAGGAGGUGGACAAAGUUCUUUGGGAAAUUACCGAUGGCAAGUUGGGAGAAGCUCCCCUGCCCCCACAAGAACUGGCUGCAGCCGAGAAAACAAAAACACCCGCCGUCGCUGUCGAAGAUGAUCCUGAAGAGGAUGACGAAGAAGAUUUACAGGAAAUGCAAUCUCGCCUGGCCUCUUUACGCUCGUAAGGAAAACCAGAGGCAAAGCACCUUCGAAUAAUUAGCUUAGAUGCUUGCGUUAUUUGCCCUUCGUGAUAGCUUUGAUUUAUUUGCACAUUAAACAUUUUGUUUGUACAAGGUGAGAAUUUGUAUGAUAUUAAGUUGAACAUAAGCAUGUUCCCCUCCGAUAUGGCAAUUAUUUUUUACUAUUACUAUCAGUGAGUGCAUACAUAAUUGGCCUUUAAAACCUCAUUGCGAAUCGAUUUGUUAACUAUUUUUUCUUCAAUUUCAACGAAAUCCUUUUGAAAAGAAAAUUUAUAUUGAAAACUGAUAAUGUUGUCGAUUCAAGUCGUAUUUUUGCAGCCAAUUGUUUUGUGUGCAUUUAAAAGUAAUUUCUUUGCUUCUUAUACCUUAACUAACGUUUUUAACUAGUUUCCGUACCAAAUUUUAAUGGCUUAAUCUUUCGUAAUUAUUUAUGCAUUAAGUAUUUAAUAUUUUGUAAUAUAUGAAAAACAAACGUAAAAUAAACAAAACUAUUUAUUAGAAA